CAGCCUCCGAUUGAGAUGCGUGAUCACUUUUUGUAGCAAAGCCUUACUCGUGAAUAAACUAUGGACUUCAUAGUGGAACGUCAUGCUGAGGAGUUGUGAAAUUCGUUGGGCAGAUGUAGCAUUGGCGACGAGGACUGGAUAGAACAAGUAGCAAGACCCAAGGACAAAUCCUUCGAGGAUUAUCUGGAGCGCUUCCAGAUCCACGCGAACGGCAAUGCUAUCAAGACAAGCCACAGCGGCAACGUUGCUGAGCUUCCUCGGUGCAACUACCUACAGGACAUCCAAGAACUUGUUGGUGCGUACCUUCCUGCAAGUGAGACAUUCAAUGAACUAGCAGUGCUUCCCAAGAAACAUUUUUCACCAUGAAGGUCUCUUUGCUGAACGUGCGAAGUUUCACCGAGGGUACAAAGAAAAAAGGGGAAAGUUUGGCUGUCGCCUUGAAGAAGCUAGCAAACGCGUACGAGUGCUUGUCCGUGUCAGUUGGUUCUUGUGCCUCUCCCUGCACUGUACUAUAUGGAUUUGUAUUACCAACGAGCCGCUUCAGUACCGUUGCUCAAACGCCUGCGGCUUUGGCUUUUUCUGGACAAAGUCUUUUCGAGACAGGUAUGUCAGGUUCGUGAUAUUCAGCAGCCUCUGCGUCGAAGGAAGUUGCGGGUGCAAACUGGCUAUGGGCAAGGUAUACUUGCUAUGCAUCAGUGGUGCUUCAACGUUAGACUGUCUCGGCUACAGAGGAUGUGCGUCGUCUACGCAGUUCUCAUCAGGAUUUUGUACAGUGGACAUAUACGAUCCUGGUGCAGCAACUGGCGGCACCCAAGGUGCCCCAUUUGUAACGCCGCUUCUAACUUCAGGGAGUCCUGACCCUGUGCAUGACCUCCCACCUGAGCUUCUGCAAAUAGGGUGGCGACGCUUCUGGAGCAAGCGAGAGGGUCGUCCAUAUUUUUUCAACAAGCUCACCAAUGAGUCUCUCUGGGAAAUGCCUCGUCUUGGGGGACAACAUCCAGUUCAGCAAUAUGACCCACUGACAGAUCCACUGGGUAUACAAGGACCUCCAACACCCACUGACCCUGGCACACCACCCAUAGCUGGACCAUCCCAUAGCCUCUUAUCUCCCCCAGGGGCACCUAGUAGCCCCACCCCUAUCGUUCCACCACCAAUGCUUCUGCCACGGCCAGAAAAGAGGAGAGCAUCAGAUGAUGCAAACCUGCCUACUGCAAAGAAGUUUGCACUUAGUGGGCCUUUUGACCUGGAGAUCCCAACAAAUGUUGUAAUAUGGGAACGCUCACCAACACUUAUGCCUCCACCACACCCUGAUAUGGAAAAUUUGAGGGCCACACUCACAACAAGGCUUCGGACCAAUUACCAUGAGAUGUGCCAUUCACGUGAGGGUAUAGAGUGCCCUAAGGAGUCCUUUAUCCGCUGGAUCAUGGAAAGGAAAGUAAUCGACAAAGGGAACGAUCCCUUACUGCCAAGUGUCUGCCAUCCAGAGGUGUCGCAAUGCCUGUACCGCGAGAUAAUGAACGAUAUCCCCAUCAAGCUUGUCAGACCCAAGUUUGCAGGGGAUGCUCGUAAGCAGCUCUCAAAGUACGCAGAAGCGGCAAAGAAAAUGAUAGAGUCAAGGAAUGCCAGUCCUGAAAGUCGGAAAAUAGUCAAAUGGAAUGUAGAAGAUGCGUUUCACUGGCUGAGGAAGACACUGAAUGCUACCUAUGAUGACCAUCUUGAGAGGCUGGCACACUUAAAAAAGCAGUGUCAGCCACACUUGGUACAGGCUGCCAAAUCAUCAGUGGAAGGAAUUUGUGCCAAGAUUUUUCAUAUGUCUGUGGAAAAUGUAAAAAAGAUUAGGGAAAAGCACUGGGCCAUCCUCAACCAGCAUGGCAUUGAAGAGAUCACAAGUCCCUUGCAUGUCACCAAUCCAAAAAAGGUGUUCUGCUACCCAGUUCAGUUUGCCAUUACUUCACCGCGGUUGCCACAAGUUGAAAUUUUGACUGAUAAGGACAGCACCCUGCUCCGUUACAAAGGGGAGCAUGUACGAGUCAACACCCUAUACUUUCAGAAAUUGGAGCAGUUGUAUCGGUGGAAUUGCACAGAUGAUCGAAAGUUCGAAAAUUUCCUGCCUAGGGUGUGGUGCAUGCUCAAAAGAUACCAGACCUACUUAGGGCUGUCAUCAAAUGAGGGCCAUGGAACACAAAGCUCUUUGCCUGUGUCUGUGUUUGAUUGCUUGCAUAAACAUUUUGGUGUUACGUUCGAGUGCUUUGCAUCACCACUAAACUGCUACUUCCGACAGUAUUGCUCAGCAUUUCCAGAUACUGACAGUUUCUUUGGAUCUCGAGGAUCGUUCUUGAAAUUCCUCCCAAUUGCUGGUUCUUUCGAAGUUAAUCCUCCAUUUUCAGAGGAAUUGAUGGAUGCUACAGUAAAUCACCUUGAGCGGUUGCUGACCGAAUCUCAGGAGCCGUUGUCAUUCAUCGUGUUUUUUCCUGAUCUGCGUGAUCCUGUUCCAACUGCUCUAACAACGCUGGAAGCCAGUAGAUACAAGCGAGAGCAGUUGCUAAUUCCUGCCUAUGAUCAUGAGCAUAGACAUGGCUUUCAACACAUCAUGCCAAGGCUGGAAGUUAAUGUGCGCUCUGCUCAUGGAACUCAGGUCAUCUUCCUGCAGAAUGAUGCAGGUUACGCACGCUGGGGUCCAACACCCGAGCGCCUUGAUGCCCUCCGUGAAAGUUAUAGACCUGGCCUUGAUAAAGAGCGGGAAGGUCUCCAAGUCCCACCCACACCGGUCCCCAUGACUCCUGCCAUAGUAGUACCUCCCAAGGGACCUUAAUUUUAUACUUGGGGGAUUGAUUUUAACAAAUCUCAUUUUAAAAUUGUCUCGUCUCUUGUUCGUAGUGGAAUUGUGGAAGAGCAUGAGCGAUGUUAUCGUGUAAAUGUAUCCUGCAUGCUGUAUGUCCAACUUAAAAAGUGUGGGAUGGCACAUGGAAGCAGGCAAGCUGAACACAAUUAUUGUGCUAGAGCUCCAUAACAUUUCCGAUGUUGUUUGUUACACUGGGCAUGUAACAUGUGCUGGACCAUGUAAAAUCAGUGAUGCAUCAGCUGGUAUUCUGAGGCCUCACUUUUUUACCUUCAUGUAAAUGACUUCAGGGAGGCAAGGAGUACAACUGUAUAGUUGACAGUAUACUGGUGUGAGAUCUGGGUCUGCCCUACUUUUAAAUGUGUCCAUAAUUCUCCUGGUAGCAGACAUAUCUGGAAGCACACCUUGCCAUUCAUUUUUCAUUGCUAAGUGGUGCUUACGAAGCUUAGUCAUCAUUUGCUACAACCAUGUAUAGUGUACUGCCACUUGGAGAGUGAGCUUGCUUUUAUGGUCAGUCAGUAUGAAACUCUUGAUGAGGUAUCGUUUAAUAAUGAUGUGAGGGAAAUAACCUGUACAGACACCGCAUACAUUUGUUAGCAUUGUCAUCCAUACUGUAUAAUUGCUCAUGUUUUAGUGUUAUUUCAUUUCUCAUUGACGGCAUUGACUGCAUCAAUCUUUCAAAAAGUGGUUUGCAGCACAUCGUCUAAUUUAAGACCUUCCAUUGAAUGUUUUAAUGGAUGAAACGAGCACAAUGUGUAUGUAUAGAUGUAAUACAUUUUUUACUUUUUAGCUCCUACUGUGGUUUUAACCCUCAGCUACAAAAUAAAAACAUAUUUCUUGGUGAUGGUAACACCUUAAAAUUGUGUUGGUAUGUUAUUUCACCUAUUGGUGUUUAAGCUGCUUUGGAGGGGAAAAAAUUAGCUGCAACAUUGAUGAUAUGUUGUGUGUUUAUUAGCAUUGCAGCUCACCAUUGAUACAACACAACCCUACCACAGGCACAUGUCACGAAAAUUGCUGUGAAGUGAAUUGCCUGCAUUGAAUGCAAGUGAUGCACUAUUUAUAAGCACUGAUAACUUAUAAAGUAAAGGAAGUCACAAAUGCCCAUGAAUGUACCCCCCCCCCCCCCUUUCCUACAGCUUUGUUUCUUUGGCAGCCAAUUGUUUAUCUUCAAUAUCUAUGUGAAGAACACAGGGUACAGGUCUCACUAAGUAGCCUCUGACCUUAUUGACAUUGGUUAAAAGGGUUGUGACACUCUGACAUCACAUAUUGUACUGUACACUGGAGUAUUCAGAGUUGUAGCAGGCAAGAUACAAGCCAGAUCCAAGAUCGCAGGAGUUGAGGCCGAUUAUUAGGCUAUUCCAAUUAGUUCUGUAAGCACGUCAACACUCUCGUGGCUGCCUUGCUCACGUAGGAUGCCCUAAUGUUUCACAGCCAGUUUAGUUUCAGUGUUCGAAAUUCCAUUGUUCUAUGCAUCUAUUACCCAUUUUAGUGUAAAGCUCAGAAUGCAGGUCCACGUCGACGCAACUAACUGCCACUUACAUGGUGAAGUGUCACAGCCCUUUAAAAUUUAUCAUCAGGGGUUAUGUGCUGUCUUUUAUAUCAGUCUGAUUGGAUAAUGGGCAAAAUAUAAGGGUUGUACAAAUAAAAGUGUAAUUUUUCACAUUUCUAUUUAUUUUUAUGUAGUAUGUUGACAUAAUAGUGCGGUGUGGAGGUGUUGAAAGGGGGAGGGAACUGUGACCAGGAGGAAAAUAGAUGUAAAUCUUGUGCCAUGGGGAAUUAAACCACAAAAUUACCUUUGGAUUAAAAAGCAGGUAUUGUCUAGGCUAUUUUAAGGAUAAAAAAAAAGCAGGUCUAGCUUUGCAAAGGUGCUUGACAUAAGUGAUGCAUCUUAUAUUUAAUGUUUGCCAUGAGAAUACUUGACAACCCAACCAAGUAAUACAGCUUCAGUGUCAAUGGGUAGUCGCUAUAAAGCAUGCACUGCACUUAAAAUGUUUUAUGGUUUGUAUCAGAUGUGGACAUAACCCAGGUGUAUGAAAGACAUGACAACACACAUGAAAGCACUGUAGUGGGGUAAUGAUACAUGAAGCAAGUAAAAUUAAUGGAAUAGUCAUGGUACUUACAUCAUAUCUAAUAAUGGAACCUGGAGUAAUGAGAUUAUCUUGUUUCAAUCAACUUAAGAAACCAUCUCCACUCAGUCAGGAGAACAGCUCACCUUGAAGUCAGAUGCACAACCUUCCACAAGGUUUUGGCACUAGUAUGUAGGAUGAUUUAUGACAAUUUAUUUCCCUUUGUUAUCUCGUCAUAAAAAUACUGGUGACAUGUGUCGGGUGUUUUAAGGUGUAUGAUACAGUAUGUGUGACGUUGUAUGCAUCCUGCAAGUUGUGAAAGAUUUGUAUUGGUAUGUCAUGAGCUAUUAUAUGCAAUUUGCACAGGCCACGUAAUUGCAGCCCUUGUAGUAGUUUAUUCUACUCAUUUGCCUGUAGUCAACUUGAAUCAAAAUUUGCUCGGUGCAUUUCAACAUAAAUGUAUGUAUCUAUUGGGAAGGAGCCAUGUUGUAGCCAAUGUACAGGAUAAAUAGGGCUUCAGUAAUGACACACAUUGUAUAAAUAUACUAGUAUGCCACUUCAGAUGUGUCAUAGCAUAGCUUAUUUUCCUUUGGUAACUGUUUGUCAGAAAUGCAGUAUCAUAAACUGGUACCAUCAAUUGAUGCGUUUCCUUCGUGCUUUGUCUUCUGCUUGUAUUCAUUUAGCACUGAUUAAGACAUAUCACUGCCCUCAAGCAUGCUGCACAGUGUGUGUUGACAUUAAAUGCAUGUGUGUUGACAUU